CGCAACGAGUUGGUAGCGAAAACAAUACCUGCAGCCUUCCCGCGACCUGCAUCUAGUCUUCAGCCACACCCGUGUCGCUUCAUCAACAACAUCGCGUCGAAAAUAUGGUCGCUCCAAUCAUCGUUCUCGGCCUUCGCGGCGUACAGGCUCUGUUCUCCAUCAUUGUGCUGGGUCUGACUGCAUACCUCGUUGAUGCAUACAAUGGCCCUGGCUAUAACUGGUCGCCUCACAGCGUGAACUUCAUGCUGUUCUGCUCCAUCUGGACGCUCCUGGCAGUAGCAUAUCUCUUGCUCGCACCUACACGCUUCCCAAAAGCCGCGCACAAAUUCGCUAUUGGCGCCGUUGAGUUCAUCACCAUGAUCUUCUGGUUCGCUGCCUUCGUUGCUGUGGCUGUGCGCUGGAACAACAGCUGGUGGGGCUAUGUUGGAGACAACACAUUCUACAGCUGCGGUGUAGCUGCUAUUGUGUUCUCAGCCUUCCUUUGGCUAACCUUCGUCGCUACCACUAUCCUCGCCGCCCUGCAUAUUCGCGGAAGCUCCCGUAACGACAUUGCGCCUGCACCAGCGAUGGCUGGUGUUUAGACUUUACGAGAAGCACCUACCGGAAAUAAUGAACACGGAACAAAUACCCUAUGAUACCCUUCCCAUACUAUACGCAAUACUUCAGAAUGUCAUGUACGAGCGCGGCGUCAAUUAUUCGUUGUUGUUUUAUUUCGUGGGCCUAAUGCGCAUCAACCCUUUAUCACGACCAUAUAGCGUGUAUAAGAACAGUGAAAUUCUACGAGAGAUCACUUUGAGCGUCUGC